AGAGAUAUUCUAUGGUAGUAUCUUGAGCGAAAUGAUCAUUUUUCUUUGGAGGGUAAUUUUGUGGUUGCUCGGCAACAGCCGAGUUAAACAGACGUUCAUUUUUACGACUACGACGCGUCGGACUCUGAACGUGUUUCCGGUGAAGUCAAUUAUAUCAAUUACUGAGAAAAUUAUACCAAUGUCCUAGUUUCAACCCCACGCUGCACGACGCGCUGGUAUCUGGAUUGGGAGAGAAAGAAGCAAACAUGUUUCGCGGUCUUUCGGGCACACCGUGUCCAGUGCCGACAUCUGCAUCACCAUUGCCAAGCUUCGACGACGACAUCACGGCAACGACGACUAUCGAGUUCACUUCUGUUUUCAAUGCAUCAGGGUCGCUUAUUAGAGAUACUAAACCACGUCGACUCCGGAAUGCAGCAGGGUCUGUGGUCAAACCUAGGAAAGGCGAUAACAUUGGUGCCAAAUUUGCGAUCCAUGAGGAUGUUUCUGCGGCAGCCGAGUCCCGAAAGAACGACAACUGCCAGCCAUCUAGACGGUGCACGAUGAUUUCACAGCCUCCUCAACGUCCGAGAACGAAGAAGAGAGGUACGGUAAUCUAUGAGGCAACAGAAGAUGUCCCAAAACGUGUCUCAGUAUCAUUGCCACGACCAGGUGACUUCAAUGAGCAAAAGCUACCGAUCCCUUCUUCCACGACAAAAAGAGGCCAAAGUCAGAGUCAGAGUCACACCAUGGCUGCUGCCGGCAGCAAAUUGAACAUGAUGCCUCGAAGGCCGCCAACAUCUUCCAAGCUGCAAGAAGACCUUACGAUAGCACUGCCCGAUCACAAUGAGCCAACGACCGUCCUGAAACCUCCACGCAGAGGGACAAUCUACAUACCCAACGAAGACACGACAAUGCCGAGCAUGUACAUGGGAAUAUUCUCGCCUAUCAAACACGCCAGCCUCAAUCCUGUCGCGGAAGUGCAACCACAGCAAUCAGGAGUAGAAGCAGAAAUGGACAUCGAAAUCACAGGCAUUGCAGCGCAGAUGGCAGCAAAGAAGAAGGCGAGGGCAAGAUUGCCACGCGACUCGAUGAUUACACUGUCACCAAAGCGAGGAAGAGGCCCGCUGCAGAUGUCCCAGAGGAAUGUGCAAGAGGCCGUUAUUCAGGAGGAUCGAGUUGGAUCAGGUCCAGGGAAGGAGAACGUUCCGCCCGGGCAGGAUCGGCUCAUCACAAAUGGCAAGAACAUCGACAAGAGUGUAGCUUCGACGAGAAAUAACAUGGGUGCUCCCGCUCAUGAAGUACGAGCUUCAACAUUAUUCCAGCAGACAGCAAGUUCGUCAGGACGACAAGCUGAAAAGAAGACUUUAACGCGAAAUGCAAGACCUGCAUGGAAAGCCCCUACGAACAUCGGUGCGCAUAUCAAGAAUGCCCAGGCUAUACAUGAGCAAGCAUGGGCAACAGCUUCUACCGAAAGCCAUGCUGCUCGAGAGCCACAAAUUGUCGCCAAAAAGCCCUCAGUACCAAGCCGGUUCGUCAUCCCAUCACUCAAAUCAGAGAUGAUGAUCGACGUGGCAUAUCCUCUUCUCACGGAUGACCUGGCCUGUCCAGCAAUGUACGAGGACAACUGGUUAAGUCACCAGGAGGUUGCCAUCACGCAACUUGUCAACAAUCUUUUUGCGGCGACGUCUCAGACAUCGGAGUCUGGCGAAGAUGGCAGCAUGUUUAGAAUUCGUCUGCUGGAGAUGUAUGGCAGUGCUGAGAACGAGGUGCUGUACAAACGACUCCAGGCGGGUCUGCUAUAUGGCGCUCUUAGUGUGCCUAGCGAAGUGCUGAAAGGCGUCAGCCGCUUGAGCACCGAUCUGGGAAAGAGAAAUGCGUUCAUCGACUUAUGGCUUGACACGUACGACUUGACGCAUCUGCGAGCUGCGAUGGAAGUUGUGGUUGGGAGACAGUGCAGUACCGGCGCGAGAGAAAAUGCAAGCCGGCGUUCUAUGCGACAGUUUAUGGAGGCGUUUCUGAUUCACAACGAGGAUGGGAAGUCUGAAUUCUACACAGAGGGCCGGGAGGCAUGGUCGUAUCACCGAACUCUUCUGCGCAGUAUGAUGGUCAUCAAGAUACUCGACAUGACCAAGACAACGGCAUUGCAAGUCGUGAGUGGAAGCUUGUUUCGACCCUCUUCGAACUACAAGACUUCUGCUGGUGUGGUCAGAGCUCUUUUCCAACUUCUCAACCCCAGUGCUGGAGAUCCAAUCCGAGCGCUGAGCCAUAUCGGGUACAAUGUCACCCACGAGCAGUAUCCUCUGGAAGAGUAUACUUACCAGGUUGACAAUCUGGCGGUGGACUUGCGUGAUGGUGUACGACUGACUCGAUUGGUCGAAUUGCUCUUGUACCCCUUCGCGUCUGGGAUGCUCGAUCAUGCAGACUCGACAACCACGGUGGUCUUGCCGACAGGGGAAGAGCUGUCGUUGGUCGAAGGACAGACUCAGUGGCCAUUAUCUCAGCACUUGAAGUUUCCAUGCAUCAGUCGAGCAGCUAAGCUGUACAAUGUACAGAUCACGCUCAGCGCAUUGCAAGGCGUUAAGGGAAUGGGUGGCUUGGUGCAGAACGUGCAAGCUGAGGAUAUUGUGGACGGCUUCCGCGAAAAGACUGUCAAGCUACUCUGGGGGUUGACGAGUAAAUGGGGACUGGGAGCGCUGAUCGAUUGUCGUGAUGUCGAGCGUGAGAUCAAAAGACUAUGUCGGGUCUCUGGAAAGUAUGACAACGACUUCUUCCACGCGAUCGGAGAUGACGACGAACAUGAUCAUAUGAGAUACAAGUCACUGCUCAAGGCGUGGGCCCAGGCCGUUGCGAGCACGAAAGGACUUGUGGUGAAGAACUUGACGACCAGUUUCGCGGAUGGCCGAGUAUUUGAGGCGAUUGUGGACGAAUAUGAAGGGUACAACAAUCACCAGAAUCCGUUGGCUAAAGGGCAACAGCAGCUGUCUGGACGACUCCGAAGACUGGGGUGCAGCGAGCAAUUCUCUGGACUUUUUGCGACAGGCCAAGAGUCACAGCGGUGCACGCAUGUAUUCGAUCGCGACUUUGUGCUGGCUGCUCUGGCAUUUUUGUGUUCGCGAUUGCUAGGGCCGACUCGAGGUGCGAGGGCAGCGGUGACGAUACAGAGAGCAUGGCGUUCGCACUGGGAUAGGAUUGUGGCGGCGAGGAGGAGAUGUCUUAAGACUGUCGCUCAAGGUUGUGCCGAGGCUGUAACUGGACGGGAGAAGAACCAAGAUGAUGGGAAUGCUGAUGGUGCACAAAAGUUCUCUAGGAUGGUUGCAGCAGUGUCACAGGAGGAAGAUCUCUGGUUGAAUCUGUGAGUGGAUGCUGCGACGUUUUCAGGAUCCGGAAGGCAUGGUUACACAGUAGCGGAGAGACGGAUUAGCGAUGCAAUUGUCCAGGAUAGGCUCUCAUGGCCUAUGGAGUUGUCGAUUUACGGCCUCACGAAUGUACGAAAUCAUGAAGCGUGAACGCCUGCUACUCGCCUGA